GAUAUCUGUGGUGAACCUGAAUUCAUGGAGAAAAUGGAGGCAAUUUACCACGAGAAGGCAGUGGAGAAGGGGUCCUUGGUGGUCUCCGCUUGUGGGUUCGAUUCGAUUCCUGCGGAACUUGGAUUGAUGUUCAAUUCUAGGCAGUGGGUGUCGCCAGCGGCACCAAACAGCGUUGAGGCGUACUUGAGCUUGGAGUCGGACAAGAGGAUUGUCUUGAAUUUCGGGACGUUUGAGUCGGCUGUUUUGGGCGUGGCGAAUGCGCAUAAGUUGCCGGAGCUGAGGAAGUCUAGACCCAAGAGACCUAGACCAGUAAUAGCAGGGCCCCCACCUUCCAAAGGACCCAUGGUAGAACACCAGAAGGCAAUUGGCCUUUGGGCAGUAAAGCUACCUUCAGCAGAUUCCACUGUUGUCCGUAGAACACUCUCAGCUCUAACAGAGAACCCGCAUGGCCUUCCUGGGGUUGAUGAGAAUGAUGGACAGAUUGAGAGGAGAAAAAAUUUCUGGUCAACGGUGAAGCCAGCCCAUUUUGGGGUUAAGAUAAGAUCUAAGUCUCUACUGGGCAUCAUUCGAUUCAUCAUAUUUGGACUGUUCCUUGGUCUAUUUGGUUCAACUGCGUUUGGAAGGUGGCUUCUCUUGAAAUAUCCCUCGAUUUUCAGCCUUGGGUGGUUUAGGAAGCAAGGACCCACUGAAGAAGAGGUUAGGAGUGCUUCCUUCAAAAUGUGGUUUAUUGGACAUGGUUAUAGCGGUGCUAAUCUCGCAUCCCAGCUGGGAAAC